AUGCAAGAGCAGGCUACGUGGUGGUGUGGCACCGUGCGCGUCUGUCUGGGAACCUGCUACUUGCUUACCUUCCUUACGCGUGCGCGCGCGCCCACAGAGUCACAGACAGACACUCCACAGAAACGGCUGCGGGAAAAGCAAGCUCUCCUGCUGCACAACAGAAGAAGACGCGAUGUUAAACACGAAAUGCUCCCGUUUACCCUGAGAAGACAGGUGACAACAAGGAAGAGGCUGCUGAGAGAAGUGGAUGAACUGUGACCGCAGCUGGCGAAAUUAACCGGAGGAUUUGUGACCUGCACGUGGGAAUCAGCGCUGAAACGCGUCGCAAAAAGUGGAUCUCAUCUUAGCCACUUACCAGCUGUUCACACCUGCCCUCUUCAGAGAUGAGUGCCAAAUCAGCAAUCAGCAAGGAGGUCUUCAUACCUCAUGAUGAGAAGAUGCUUGCUGCUGUGCAGGUGAAGCGGAGGACCAAGAAGAAGAUCCCUUUCCUGGCCACUGGUGGUCAGGGAGACUACAUGACCUUCAUCUGCCUCUCAGUGACAAAUAAGAAACCAUCCUAUGUAUCCAUCACAAAAGUGAAGCAGUUCCAAGGAUCUUCAUCCUUUAUAAAAAGGUCACAGUGGACAAUUGACCAGCUACGGCAGGUCAACGGCAUUGACGCCAACAAAGAUUGUCCGGAGUUUGACCUGAUAUUUGACAAUGCUUUUGACCAGUGGGUUGCCGGUUUAGCAGGAGAGAAGUGCACCUUCAUCCAGGUUCUCCACCAUACCUGCCAGCGCUACAGCUCAGCACGGAAACCAGAGUUUGUCAACUGUCAGUCUAAACUGCUCGGGGCAUCUGUUGAGCACUCUGCUGAAAUGAUGACGUCUAACAAAAUGCAUCAGCUGUGACUCGAAGCACAGAUCAGCUGGUUUUACAGCACAUGGAAAUGCUCAAUACAACACUAAAUAAUAAUUUCCCUAAUUUGUGUGAUGUUGAUACAUUUCAUUGUGUGCCUUAAGUGUGAAAGUCAUUUUAAUUGGUUUCAGUCCAUCAAAAUAACAUUAAACAUCACAGUAAUAGUCAGUCUCCUAAUUAUUGUUUGACACGGAUAUUAAAGCUGAGGCUGUUGGAAAAACAGCCAAGUGAAAGCUAACCCCCCCCUCCCCCCAUAAUAACAUUCACUUCAUGCCUAACUAAACAAUGAAGACAGUCUGAUUAAACAGGUUGAAGUUCAACCAAUCCCAGUGUUUUAGACUUGACAAAUGCAAUUACAUAUAUUUAACUGGUCAUUUCAUGGCUGUGACUGGUUAAUUUGUUAUUUGGGGAAUGGCGAGUUUGGUGUAGGUGAAUGGUUUGUUCUAUAGUGAAACCCAGCAGAGAAUGCAGCAUCCUUCUUGACCAACCCUAAUCUUUGGGAAACAUUCAACCUGUUGUAUUAUUCUGGAAAUUAUUUAUGGAAACACAUCCCUGACCUGCUUCUUGCAGGGUGUCCCGAGCCCCACAAACAGGAGUCAGUUACCACAAACAGAUAUUUUUGAAAGCAAGAACAUUUAUUUACUUUGCUGGAUUUCAAACUUAUACCUGUUGCGCUACAGAUGAAAGCUUUCCUUUGACCAAGUUGAGGAAUGAAUGACAGCCUAGAGUCUCCUGUAAUUGUGAAUAUGCACUUUGUGAACACUUUUACAGUGCAAAAAAGUUUUUGGGAAUUUAUUGGUGCAACUGAAGCACUGGAAAGUAUUAGUCUUGCAUAGUACAAUUGCAGAGUUAAGACUACAUGAGGAAUGUGUAUAAAGACACUAUAAUUACUCUCAAAUUUCUUUUCUUUUUUGAUUUUAAACCCAACAUUAAUGAUGACGAAGCUGCACAUUCUAUUGCAUUGACUUGACCUGCCUCCUACUCUGAAAACCUUAUUUUUAACUCACUUAAACUUAGCCCUGGUGCAGGCUUUUGACUUGGAAUGUGCAGGUGGGAAAGAAACUGUGGUCCUGGAGAGCAAUGAACUUGGAGGUUUUUAGAGUAGGAUGGAUUAUGAAGUACAGAUGUUGCAUAUCAACUCCAUGACUAAAGCAAAUUGAUUAGUCCCUGUAGCAUUGUUUCAAGUCGUCCGUGAUUAUAAGAUGCACAGCACUGCCCUUGAUAUAAUUGCUUGUAAUAUGAAUGAAUAUACCCCCCCAAAAAAACUACAAAACCUACUUAAAAUACACUGUUAAGAGCGUUUUUUUUUGGAUUCAGAUAUUGAGGCAGCUAUUGGCACCAUACUGUAAGCCCAUCUGGCCAAUGAUCUGUUAAUCAACUCCUGGCUGUCCAUGUGUAGGCAAAGCUACGUGUUAUAAAUGGGAAAGCUGACAGUUCACCACGCACAUUGUGACAGGAGGAACUGAGAGGAUGCAAGUCUGCUGCCAACUCUGUCCACUUCAGUUUAAGUCUCACACCAGUGCAAAACAAAAAUCGUGACGCUGCUCAGGUGUGGGACCCUAACUGUGGGGGAGACUAUCUGCAGAAAUUCAUGUGAUGGCAGACCCUGGAAAGAUAGAAAUUAAAAUCACAUAAAUAUAGUCAUACGUGUCGAAGAUCAGGAAAAUAUGUUGAUAUAAUAAAUAUAUUAAUCUUGCACAGUUUUCCUAUGCUCCAUCCAUUCUUGAGUUGAAAAUGACAAUAUACUGUAGAUGAUAACAAGCUUGUGCACACAGUGCAUCUAUGUAGAAGUACUGUUAACAUUUAAUCAUCAUUUAACAUUUAAGCAUCACCCUGAAUCUCAAAAUGGUAAAAUGUCAUAGAACAACAAAGCCCUGUUACACUAAUUUGUUAUAGUGAUACAAAACCAUUUAAAGAAAACUUAGCAUUGAAAUCAAAUUCAGGAGUGAGAUUUUUUUUUAUAUCAAUGACUUUUUUCACCAUCUUCUGAUUUCUUAAUGCAUUCUGUUAAAAAAAAAAAAAGUUUCUGAGAGAAACGCCAAGUGAACAGAUACACCUGAGUUUUAGGUUCUGUCUGCGCUGCAUGGGGUGCAUAGGUGUGUUUUUGAUCCUUGAUGAGGCAUGUAAUUGUUCUAGAAAUAAAAGCAGCUAAUUCACUAAUUGCCUUGUUAUCAGGGCGUACUUGGCCUGCUGCCCACAUUGUUGUACCCUGUUCUAUCCCAAUUCCCACGUGAGCCUCUACAUUUCACUGGCAUACUGUAGGACUGUGAGCCAAGUGAAUGUUUUUAAGCCCUCGCGAUUAGGCAAACGCGUUUUCUUCUAGGUGACACUGGGUGCUCUGUGUUAAGGUUAAGACUCCUCCAGUCAGGUGUGAAGAAGGAGCUUGCAUAAAUAUAGUCUGGGUUUGAAAACCUUUUUACUAAUGUGUCAUACCAGUUUCAGUUCCUUCACAUAAAUAACCAUGUUUACAGUAUUCAUUCUGCAACCGACAUUGUAUACAAACGGAUAAUAAACAGUAACAAGUUUCACAGUUGCAUGAUAUUUUUAAAGAACGGAGCCCUUUGUUUUUAUGUGUGUUUUAACACUUGGAUAAAAUUGUAAUCUCUCUUGACUGAUUUCACAACUAUAUAAUGUUUUGAACAUCAAAGCUGACUAUGACUUUCAAUAUUUUCUC